AGCUGGAGGGUGAACAGAGGGAGACGGAGAGUCACUGAAAGCGCUGAGCUCGUCCUUCGCUCUCCACUCCUGGUGCUUGCUCCCCCUCACUCCCUCUGCAAGACUGGGAACUUACGAGAUUGCUUUGGACAGAUGUCUUCAGAGCAGGGGGCCAUAGCAACUAAGGGAGUUGGGCAAGAGGAUCGUUUUGCCUUUUGUUUCUUCCAAGUUUCUCUUCCCCCUUCUUCUACCAUCUCAGUUUCGGGUGUUUGUCAGUGAGAAAAGCUUGUGUUGAAAAUAGAAACGUCCUUCUUGCAGUCAUAUUCUCUCUCCCAGAGACUAAGCUGGAGCAGAGGGCAGUGAUGGUAAACGUUUUAGAGGGGACCCUUCCUUAGCUCACCAUUCAGAGGAACGUCUGUUUACAGCCAGCGUUGUUUCAAACAAAACGAAUUCUCAACACGUGAGGAACCUCAAUGGCACGCGUGACCACCCUCCCAGGGGAGCCGUGCAAACUUCCUGUUAAACUGUUGGCACACCUGGUUCAUUUUAGUAAAAACAUCGCUCUGCAUCUUCUCAUCGGUGGUAUUGGAAACCAAUCAGCCGUCAGCGAAAGCAGAGCCGGGCAGCCCUUCACUGGUUCAGAGGACAUAGGAUAGGGGAGAAGAGACAAGGCUCCAGAUCUAGCGAGCUGUGGCCAGCCACCGGAAGGCUCUCAGGCCAGGGGACAUCAUGUCCUCCUUUGAAGAUGCUGACACAGAAGAGACAGUGACGUGUCUCCAGAUGACUGUUUAUCAUCCCGGUCAGCUGCAGAGUGGAAUAUUUAAGUCAAUAAGGUUUUGCAACAAAGAGAAAUUUCCUUCUAUUGAAGUGGUGAAGUUUGGACGGAAUUCCAAUGUCUGUCGGUAUACUUUUCAGGACAAACAGGUUUCCCGAGUUCAGUUUGCUUUACAGCCCUUUAAACAGUUCAACAGCUCAGUUCUCUCAUUUGAGAUUAAAAACAUGAGUAAGAAGACCAGUUUGCUGGUGGACAAUCAGGAGCUCGGCUACCUCAAUAAAAUGGACCUGCCUUACAAGUGCAUGCUCAGGUUUGGAGAGUAUCAGUUCCUGUUGGAGAAGGAAGAUGGAGAGUCAGUGGAAUCUUUUGAGACUCAGUUUAUCUUGUCUCCAAGACCACUCUUGCAAGAAAACAACUGGCCAACACAGAGUCCUGUACCUGAGGAUUCGGGGUAUUCAUCCUACUUCACCCAUAGGACUUCUCCUACAGAAAUGGAUGAAAAUGAAUUGUGAAGAGAGCCCACGCAGAGAAACAUGAAGGAUGGAUGAGGACACAUGGGGAGACCCUUGCGAGACGUCCUACUGCUUAAGAGUUUAUGAGUGUAGUGUAGUACAGAUAUCUGCAUGCUGACUUUGGAUUUAGUAAUAGCAUUCGGAAGUCCAUAUAUAGAUUGUGUUUGUCAUCCACUUAGUCAGCUGUCUGCAUUCCGGAUCUACAAAGAAUUAAGUGUACGUCUGUAAGGGUUAGUGUAUAAAACACACCUUCUGUGUAAUGUUAUUCUCGGUCCUUUUUCUGCUUGGUGACACUCCCAUGCUUUGUUUUGGUAACAGCCAAGCUUGGUCACAUCAUUUCGUAGCAGCCUUUAGUUUUCAAGUUCAGAGCUCAGGCAGAUUGUUCACUGGUGUCUGUGGCAUGUUAAUACUUGUAGAGCUGGAGUCCUGGAAUGAGUUCUUGAGUCUCAUCUGAGUCACUGUGGUUUCAUUAUGGAAAGACUUGAGAAAUAACACCUUGAUUUUCUUUCUA